AGGAGCGGGCGGAGCCGGCCGAGGCGGCAGCCAAUGAGGAGACGCGAGCCGGCGGGUAGGGCGGGGCGAGAGCGAUCACCGCCCAAUGGGGGAAGGGCGGAGGACGCACUCGGAGCGGGGCGAGCCGCAGGCAGGAGGCGAGUCGGGACUCGGGCUGCGAGCGGGGCACAGGCGCCGCCGCACCCAGGGGCUCGCAGCCGCUCGCGCGCGAUUGCCGCUCCUCUGGCGUGGACGGGGCCGGCAGCCGGCGGGCGAGGAACGCACGGACCGACGGACGCCGCUUCCCGCGGGGGACAGCGGGCGGAGCCGCCGCCGCCGCCCGGAGCAGAAGUUUGGCUGGAGCGGCCGCCGCCGAGAGAGGAAACUUUCCUCGGGGGGCCGGAGGCGGGGGCGGCGGGAAGGAGCCGCCGCUCGGCGGCUUUUCGCGGCGCGCUCGGGGGCUCCGGCGCGGCUCCCCCCGGCGCGGGCCGGGCGGCGGCGGCCGGGAUGUACCUGGCAGCGGUCUCGGCGGGGAGGAGGCGGCCGGGCGGAGACGGCGGCGGAGGUGGCGGCGGCUGGCACCUGGCGGCGGCGGGGUGGCUGCUGCUGCUGGCGCUUCUGCUGGGCCAGCCGGGGACGCGGGCGCUCGUCUGCCUGCCCUGCGACGAGUCCAAGUGCGAGGAACCCAAGAGCUGCCCCGGCAGCAUCGUGCUGGGCAUCUGCGGCUGUUGCUUCAUGUGCGCCCGUCAGCGCAACGAGAGCUGCGGGGGCGUCUACGGGCUGCACGGCGCCUGCGACCGGGGGCUGCGCUGUGUCAUCCGCCCUCCGCUCAACGGCGACUCCAUCACCGAGUACGAAGUGGGCGUCUGUGAAGAUGAAAACUGGGAUGAUGACCAGCUCCUUGGAUUUGAGCCAUGCAAUGAAAACCUUAUAACAGGUUGUAACAUAAUCAACGGGAAAUGCGAAUGUGACACUAUUCGGACCUGCAAUAAUCCAUUUGAAUUUCCAAGUCGGGAUACUUGCCUGUCAGCCUUGAAAAGGAUUGAAGAAGAGAAACCUGAUUGCUCCAAGGCCCGCUGUGAGGUCCAGUUUUCUCCUCGCUGUCCAGAAGAUUCCAUCUUGAUUGAAGGUUAUGCUCCUCCCGGGGAAUGCUGUCCUCUCCCAAGCCGUUGUGUGUGUAAUCCUGCAGGCUGCUUGAGGAAGGUUUGCCAGCCUGGCUAUUUGAAUAUAUUGGUUUCUAAGGCAUCAGGAAAGCCAGGGGAAUGCUGUGAUCUCUAUGAAUGUAAACCAGUGUUCAGUGUGGACUGCAGCACAGUGGAAUGCCCUCCUGUUCAGCAAGUGGUUUGCCCACUGGAUAGCUAUGAAACCCAAGUCAGGCUGACGGCUGAUGGCUGCUGUACUCUGCCUACAAGAUGCGAGUGUCUCUCUGGUUUAUGUGGUUUCCCCAUGUGCGAGGCAGGCUCCGUUCCUCAAAUAGUUUCACGUGGAGAUGGAACACCUGGCAAGUGCUGUGAUGUCUUUGAGUGUGUCAAUGAAGUGAAACCAACUUGCAUAUUUAACAGCAUGGAAUACUAUGAUGGAGACAUGUUUCGAAUGGAUGCUUGUCGCUUCUGUCGGUGUCAAGGUGGUGUGUCUAUUUGCUUCUCUGCCCAGUGUGGUGAGCUACACUGUGACAGGUAUUAUGUCCCAGAGGGAGAGUGCUGCCCAGUAUGUGAAGACCCAGUUUACCCUGUAAAUAAUCCUGCUGGCUGUUACGCCAAUGGUCAGAUCCAAGCUCAUGGAGACCGCUGGAGGGAGGAUGACUGUACUUUCUGCCAGUGUAUCAAUGGAGAUCCUCACUGUGUUGCUACAGCCUGUGGGCAGAGCUGUUUGAAUCCUGUCAAAGUACCAGGAGAGUGCUGCCCAGUAUGUGAAGAACCAACUUACAUAACAAUAGGUCCACCCACGUGUGAGCUUUUGGUGAACUGCACUUUGACUGAGAAAGACUGUAUCUAUAGUUUCAAACUGGAUCAAAAUGGUUGCCGCAUUUGUCAGUGCAAAACCAGAGAAGAGCUGUGUAUGGGCCUCAUAUCAGGCUGCUCCCUGGACUGUUCCUUUGGGUUCCAGACUGAUGCUCACAACUGUGAGAUCUGUCAAUGCCGUCCACGGCCCAAGAAAUGCAAACCUGUUGUUUGUGACAAGUACUGUCCCUUUGGAUACUUGAAGAACAAGCAUGGCUGCGAAAUCUGUCGAUGUAAGAAAUGCCCGGAAAUGCCUUGUGGUAAAAUCUGCCCAAUGGGCUUCCAGCAGAACAGCCACGGUUGUGUUAUCUGCAAAUGCAGAGAGGCAACUGCUUCUCUUAUGCCUCCAGUUAAAACAGGCUCUUGCCUGUCAGUGGAUGGGCGCCGACAUGAAAACGAAGAGAGUUGGCACGAUGGAUGCAGGGAGUGUUACUGUCACAACGGACGGGAAAUGUGUGCCUUGAUCACCUGUCCUGUUCCUAAUUGUGGCAACCCCACCAUACAUCCAGGGCAGUGUUGCCCAUCAUGUCCAGAUGAAAUAAUUGUGCAGAAGCCAGAGCUCACUAGUCCAUCAAUCUGUCAUGCUCCUGGUGGGGAAUACUUUGUAGAAGGAGAAACAUGGAACAUUGAUUCUUGCACACAGUGUACAUGCCACAGUGGACGAGUCCUGUGUGAGACUGAAGUCUGUCCUCCUCUUCUUUGUCAAAACCCCACUCGCACACAGGACUCCUGCUGUCCUCAGUGCCCAGACGAGCCUCUUCAGCCUUCUUUGUCAAGCAAUGUGAGCAUGCCUAGUUACUGCAAAAAUGAUGAAGGAGAUAUUUUUCUGACAGCUGAAUCCUGGAAGCCUAACGUCUGCACCAGCUGCAUCUGCAUGGAUGGUGUAAUUAGAUGUUAUUCUGAGUCUUGCCCACCAGUAUCCUGUGAGAGACCUGUUUUGAGAAAGGGACAGUGUUGUCCUUACUGCAUUGAAGAUACAGUACCAAAGAAAGUGGUCUGCCACUUCAGUGGAAAAACAUACGCAGAUGAGGAGCGCUGGGACAUCGACAGCUGCACGCACUGUUACUGCCUGCAGGGUCAGACUCUCUGCUCCACUGUUAGCUGCCCACCCCUGCCUUGUGCUGAACCCAUCAACGUGGAGGGAAGCUGCUGUCCCAUGUGCCCAGAGAUGUAUGUACCUGAACCUACUAACAUCCCUAUUGAGAAGACAAAUCAUCGAGGAGAUGUUGAACUAGAAGUGCCAAACUGGUCAACACCAAGUGAAAAUGACAUCAUCCACAUUCACAGAGACAUGAAUCAUCUCCAGGGAGAAUACAGAAGUGGAAGUGGGCCGCACCCCAGUGAAGAUGCAUCAGUUAGCUCUGUUGCCUUGGUGACAAUUCCAAUCACGAUAGCGCUGUUAGUAAUCAUCGUCUUUCUGCUCAUCAACCAGAAAAAGCAGUGGAUUCCAGUGUCCUGCUACAAAGCUCCAACAAAGCCAUCUUGCCUAAACAAUCAACUGGUAUAUGUGGACUGCAAGAAAGGUACCAUGGUCCAGGUGGACAGUUCUCAGAGGAUGCUAAGAAUUGCAGACCCGGAUUCAAGAUACAGCGGAUUUUACAGCAUGCAGAAACAGAACAACCUACAGGCAGAUAAUUUCUAUCAAACAGUUUGAAGAAUUGCACCCUUACCAAGGAUUUAAAAAUGAGAGAGAGAGAGAAAGAGACUAAGUCUGCUAUUAAAAUAAAGCUAGAAUCGUGCACUUGCUUAGUGGAUUGUAUUGGAUUUGUGACUACAUGUACAGCUCUAAGACCUUACUGGGAUGAGCUCUGACUCCUGCAAUGUGCCAGAAAAAGCAUUCCCACUUUUCCUUGAGAUAACUGACCAAGUGUUUUCUUAGAACCAAAGUUUUAAAACUUGUUAAGGUGUAUUUGCUUGUAACAUAGCUAUAGAGGUUUUUUGGGAGGGGGAAUCAGGGGCUAGGGGUAGGCAAUGAGGUUAAAGGAAGUUUCAGAGGAGAAAAGCUGGUCAUGCUUGGCUGGAGAAGAAAAUGAAUAGAUACCACCAAGCAGCAGGACAGUGGCUUUUCUUGUUGUUCUGAAAUUGCAUCUGUUGCAGCAAAUCCUAACCCCAAGUGAAAAAAAAAAAAAUAAAAAGGUCUGACGUUUUCUUUCCAGCUGUUGCUACAAUAAUAUACUCAUAGAACAGAAUUUGUCACAUCACAGAUGUGGUGUAGCUGCAAAUAUUUUUCUAUAUGUUGAGAAGCUGCAGUAGUUAAUGAAAUAGCAAGGAAAAGGUUAUAGCAGAAAAUAAAGGGUGGGUUUAUUAAGGAUGUACAAAAUUACACCUUGUGCUGCUUUUUGUUUUUUGUUUUAUUUUUGUUUUCUUCAAAGCUGAUUGGCUAGAUUAGCCAGACUUUGGCAGAGUUAGCAAAUGACUGAGGCCUAAGUAAUUCCUGAAAUGAGCACUGGAUCUUUUGACAGCAGUAUUGAAGGAAGGAAGGAAAAGUCAAGAACACCACGCAGUUCCAGGGGCUUUUGUUUGUUUGUUUGUCUGUUGUGGUUUCAUUUUGUUAUUUGAUAUCAAUCUCUGGUUGUUCAUACAGGAGAAGGAAAAAUAUUUUUUUGUUGGACAAAGCUCUUGCUUAAAAGAGAGUAAAAAAGAGACUGUUUUAAGGUUGUUGUUGUUUUUUUUUUUCCUGUUGAUGUUCUUAUUUACUGGUAUGCAGAUUUAGAAACUACUUCCAUGCUAGGAAGCUGCUUAAUUUUAAUUGUAUAUUACUCAAGCACCUUUUUUGAAGCUCAGAAAAAAAGGAGAUCAUGCUUCUUUAAACUUUAGCAUUAUAGGAAUAUUUAUGUAAAUAUAAUUAUGCUAAAAACAACAAAAAGUAUUUGUAUGUUUGUGUAUAUAUAUGUAUAUACAAAUGCAUGUAGGUAUACGUAUGUAUAUAUACAUGCAUGUGUAUGUACACUAUACGUAUAUAUACUGUAUAUAUAAAAUACUAUGUAUACAGUAUAUAUUUUUUCUAUUUUUUUUUUCUUGUUGAAUGUAUUUUUAUCUGAGAGAGAUUUUACCCAGAGCAAAAACAGAUAAACAGGCAUUCCAUAUCAGUGCUUAAUCACUUGUGAGUUUAGAAAAGACGAGAAAAGAGCAUCUCAUUCUACCUACAGUUUGAUUUGAUUUGAAAGUGUUUGUGUGCGUGUGUGUGUGUGUGCACUCUUGUGUUUGCGUGUGUACAGUACGUGCACGAUUAUAGCAGUAAGCGUUGCUCUUGCUACUUGCUACAUUUCAGGGUGUUUCUUAUUUUUCUUUUCCUGCUUAGCCUUAAAAAGGCUUUUUAAUGAAUGCAUUGGCUAGAGACACUGAUGACAAUAUACAUGCAGCACUAAUCAGCUCCAUAGAAUAACAGCAUCAGCUCCUGGAUUUUCUAUUGGUUUUUUUUUUUUUCUUUCUUUUAUUUCUUUUUUUUUGUUUUGUUUUGUUUUGUUUUUUUCAAACAAUUGUUUGAAACAACUACUGGAAUAUUGUCCACAUUAAGCUGGAAGUUUGUUGUAGCUUGCCUCAUUUAUAACUCUGGCUGUAUAAUACAAUGUUAACUUUCCAAACAGGUCUUGGCACUUUUAUACUAAUUACCCAUUUGUGCAUUGCCUUUUUUCUUUUACAAAUGCUUGUCAUAAGAGACACAGAUACCCAGUAUGCUUAAUGUGAAAAGAAAAUGUAUUUUUUGUAAAGGAACUCUCAAGUAUUGUUGUAAAUACUUGGUCAGAGGUUGCUGAACUUUAAAAACUGAAAAGAAAAAAAAAACCUAAUUUAUUAUUAUAAUGACCUAAUUUAUUAAUCUGAAGAUUAACAAUUUUUUUGUUUGUUUUAGAAUAUCAAAAAGGUGUUCUAGCUGUUUGCAUCAAAGCAAAAAAUAGGUGUAUCAUCAAGGGUCAACAUUUUUUCUGCUUAUGUAACUUCCAUUUCCAACCACCAAUAAGAAAAAAUGUGGUCUCCCCAGUGUUUUGUACUUAAUCUGAUAUUGAAACAGAGACGUUUCUGUCCACUUACUACAAAGAUUUUGUCAAGACAAGACAUCCAUUCCUUGCAUAAGAGUAAGCAGUCUUUAUCCAGAAAUUGUAAAUGCUUGCUUUUGUUUUACAAUCAAGGCCAUAUUCUGAAAAUAUUAGCAGGAUAUAGGACAUGGUGUAAAAUGUUUUUUAUUAUUAUUAUUUUAUUAUUAUUAUUUUAAAGAUAUGAUUUAUCCUAUGUGCUGUAUCCAUUACACUCUUUUACUUUGGUUCCUGUUGUGCUCUUGUAAGAGAAAUGCAGAUAUAAUUUUCUGAAAAAUAGAUGCAUAUGUGGCACUCGGAGUGCACUGCGGUUCAGCAGAUUGCUUGUUUACUUUUUUAACUGUAAGGCGGUUUCUUGUAAUUUGGCUCUUGGCAGCACAAUAAAAAAAAAAUUUUAAACCUA